AUGGCGAUGUGGCAUGGCAUUGUUAAGAACCUCGAGGGCCGCCAUGACUCCAAUUUCUGGCAGUAUUCUAAGAGCCGUCCCGUUGGAUUCGUCCUCUCGCUAUUUGCCUAUCGCAGCUCAUCUAUUGAGCAGGCUCUUACUCCUUGCAGCAUCCUGUAA